GGUGUUAACGAUGCUCCGGCGCUCAAGAUGGCGGAUAUUGGUAUCGCAAUGGGAAUCAUGGGAACCGAUGUUGCCAAGGAAGCGUCGGACAUGAUCCUUAGCAACGACAACUUCUCGACCAUACUUGCCGCCAUCGAGGAGGGAAAGGGCAUCUUCUACAACAUUCAAAACUUUUUGACAUUUCAGCUCAGCACUAGUGUUGCCGCGCUGAGUUUGGUUCUCCUCAGCACGUUCUUUGGUCUCAAGAACCCGUUGAACCCCAUGCAGAUCUUGUGGAUCAGUACGUUUUCCCAGCAUCACCCCAGGGAGUAGAGUAGUCACAGCUAGCUAACGGACGAUGCAGACAUCCUAAUGGACGGGCCACCCGCGCAAUCUCUCGGCGUCGAGCCCGUAGACCCGAUCGUAAUGACACGUCCGCCGCGGUCCCGCGACGCACAAAUCCUCACGCGGCCGGUGAUCACGCGAAUCUUCACGUCGGCGGCCAUAAUCGUAAUCGGCACCAUGUUUAUCUACAUCAAGGAGAUGGCGGCGGACGGGAUCGUCACGGCGCGCGACACCACCAUGACCUUCACGUGCUUCGUGUUCUUUGACAUGUUCAACGCGCUCGCCUGCCGCUCCGAGGGCAAGUCCAUCCUCAAGGGCGAGGUCCCCCUGCUCGGGAAUAAAAUGUUCAAUGUCGCGGUCGCCCUCAGCUUGCUCGGGCAGAUGGCUGUCAUCUACGUGCCCGGAUUGCAGGGCGUCUUCCAGACUGAGGCCCUGAGCGUACGCGACCUGGUCGUCCUGGUGCUGCUCACCAGCACCGUCUUCCUCGCCGACGAGGCCAGGAAGAUACUCGGCCGUAAGGGCAGGGAUUGGAACACCGGGUACAGCUCGCAUGUAUGAUUUUUUUCUUCUAGAUCUUAUGGAUUCUUUUUAUUUUAUUUAUUGUUUUCUUUUUUCUGUUUUUCCUUGUGGAUCUUCUCAUACUAUAGACAGCGGGCGGGCGGAGUAACUACUAAGGGGCGGGGCAGGGGUG